AUGGCUGUUGUUGCUAUUUCGGAAGUCCAAGGUCCUCGGCAAAACGCCAUAGAGUUGAAGACUGGUUCCAUGUCGUGUGAUGAACUGUCUUGGGCAACAGACUGUCGUGGCCAUCCGCGAAGCUGGGGACGGGCGAGAAAGACCUAUGAUACGUGCUGGGUCAUCUUUCUCGAGUUUUACACGACUACAAUAAGCACCGCUGGGACACCCGUUGCUGCGCAUGUAUACCGCGACCUCGGCGUCAGCCCAGUUCUGGCGACUUUCCUGUUUGUUUCGACUUAUCUCGUGGGCCAAGCAAUCGGCGGAGUUUUCCUGCCUCCGUGGUCGGAAUCCUUCGGCCGCAAGAAGCCCUACAUCGUCAGCACUGCGCUCUACAGCAUCUCAUGCGUCCUGGUCGCCGCGUGUCCCACCAUCCCCGGAAUAGUCGUCGGACGCGUUGUGGGCGGGUUCCUCUCCGCCAUUCCGGCCAUCGUAGCCGCCGGGAGUAUUGAGGACUUGUGGGAUACCCAUGACCGGGUCUGGUGGGUCUUUUGGUGGGCAAUGGUGGGCAAUAUCGGACUGCUGGCUGGAGGUGUCGUAAGCGACUUGAUCAUCUCCUGUGCCCACUGGACAUGGGUUUUCUACACACCAGCAAUCGUCAACGCCUGCAUGGCCGCGCUUCUUUUCACAAUCAAGGAGUCGCGGCCCUCGGUUGUGUUGGCUCGGACUCUUUCGGACAAUGAGCGGACAGGCAGCAGUCAGGUCUCCGGAACCAAGCCAGGGAACACCCCAUCUCGCGAAAAACUCGAUAUCGUCCGGCCACUGCGAUUCCUUUUCACCGAACCGAUCGUCUUCCUCGUGUCAGUUAUCAGUGCCAUCGCAUUUGGUCUGAUCUAUCUCUUCACGGAAGUACUGCCCAUCAUUUAUGUCUCCAUGGGCCUUGACAACGGUUGGAAGAACACGCCCUUCCUCGCUCUGGGCUUAGGGAUUAUAGCGAGCGGACUCACGCGAAUUUACGACUCCCGCACACUUGCCGCCCGAUCCGCCAAGGGGUUGCCCAUCACCCCAGAGUCAAAGCUCGCCGGGGUUAUUAUCGGGGCACCCCUUCUGGCCAGCGGCCUUUGGUGCUUUGCUUGGACAAUACCGCCGGAUGUGCUGCUUCACUGGGCCGUACCAACAGCGGCCCUCGUACCCAUCGGGUAUGCUGUGAACGAAUACGACUACGUGCUGGCUGGGUAUCUUACGGAUUGUUAUGAGACAUAUGCUGCGAGUGCUUUUGCGGCACUGGGGCUCACACGCGCGCUGCUGUGCGCAACCUUUCCGCUGCUUGGUAGCGUUUUGUUUCACUCUGUCAAUCCUAACAAGGCAUCAUCCAUCUUUGCUGUCCUGGCGACAGUGCUUUGCAUAGUUCCCCCUCUAUUGUUGCGUUACGGACGUCGGCUGAGAAAUAGAAGUCCGUUUAUAGGCCUUUAA